AUGCCACCGCCAAAGGGAGUAUGGAACCCCAUUGAGGGCCCAGCCGACUAUACCAUGACCAAAAUCGUCCACAACGAUACCUAUCCUGAGAUCGAUCCUACAAAAUCGGACUACACUGGCAAAUCAGUCUUCAUCAGCGGAGCAAGUCGAGGUAUCGGUCGUGCAAUCGCGGUCUCCUACGCCAGAGCUGGAGCAUCACAAAUCGCCAUCUCAGCACGAGGCGACCUCUCAACAACAGAGUCCGAGAUCAAAGCCGCAGCCAAAGCCGCGGGACGAAAGGAGCCAAAAGUCCUACAGGUCAAAAUCGACAUAGCCGACGAGAACUCCGUUAACGAAGGAGUCAAGAAGAUUGAGAUAGAAUUCGAGAAAGUCGAUGUUGUGAUCAACAAUGCGGGCGUCAUCCACAUGGAGAAAGAAUCCAAACUUCACCAACAAGAUUCUGGGAGAUGGUUGCAACAGAUGCAAAUCAACAUCUUCGGCACCUACCUCCUAACCCACGCCAUCCUACCCCUCGUCCUGAAAUCCUCCCUCAAAACCCUCAUUUCCAUCUCCUCCGUCGGAGCAACCUGUAUCACUCCCGGUCUCUCCGCCUACCAAAUCUCAAAAAUGGCCAUGACGCGCCUCCAAGAAUUUCUUGCGGUGGAAUACGCCGAUGAAGGACUCGUGGCGUUUUCCGUACAUCCUGGAAACGUGCUUACAGAUAUGGCAGGAGAGAUGGAUGAGGAUUUGAGAAAGGUUUUUACGGAGAGUCGAGAGGUUUAUGCGGAUACUUUGGUCAAGUUGAGUAAGGUGAGGAGGGAGUGGUUGAGUGGGAGGUAUGUGAAUAUUACUUGGGAUAUGGCUGAGUUUCUUUCUGAGGAGAAGAGGCGGGAGGUUUUGGAGGGGGAUUUGUUGAAGUUGAAGAUGGCUGUUUGA